GUGGAGAGUGCAAGUAUAGGUAUCUGCUGCUGUACCCGUGUCGCUUGGAUGGUGCGUUAUCGUUGCCAAGGCUCCGGUCCACACGUCCUGGGGGCACGCCUAAUUACUUAUUGCACACGCCACAGUGCGUAGGUCUGUUAAUUCCGUGGAGGUGGUGCACACGGCACGUCGUUUUCUACUAUAGCUAUACCAACGAAAGAAUAGAUGCGCUUGUUUUGCUAGAAUGAACGGGGAAAGUUGCGCUCCACGAACUAUGUCGCGCUUGAACAUCCGAGUGGAGGGAAUGGUGUGCCAGAACUGCGUCCAAAUAAUCGAGAAAAACCUGGCGAAAAGUGACGGUGUUGAAGCAAUUACAGUUUCACUCAAAGACAGUAUGGCAACGGUUAUCUACGACCCACGAUUCACUAAUUCGCAGAAACUGGCAGAAGAGAUCGAGGAAUUGGGGUUUGAAGCCGCGCCACUGUCUGCGCCUGCGGCCUCAAAGGCCAAAGAUAAGUGUAGGAUAGACGUAAGUGGAAUGACCUGCAACUCGUGCGUCGCCGUAAUCGAGAGCGGACUCGGUAAAAUAGCUGGAGUGGAGUCUUCCGCCGUUUCACUCGAGGAAGGUCAAGCAGUCGUGGUGUACAACAGCGCCGCAGUUACCGCCGAAGAUUUUGAAACUGCCAUUGUGGACAUGGGUUUUGUUGUCACUGGAAUAAGCAACAUUGACAUGGAUAAAGUCACAGAAAGCGGUGAGCAGGGACCUCCUCUUCAUCAUAAAACUUCCAGGAAAAGAAAGAGUCAAGGAGCAGGUGAACUCAAAGAAAGUGUUGUCAAAGUGACAAUUGAGUCUUCAGACGAGGAUAAUCUGCUGCAAGCUCAGUUCAGUGUCUCUGGCCUCAGCUGUGCCGCCUGUGUCUCAAAAGUAGAGAAACACCUCAAAAACAAGACAGGUGUGCACUCAGCCAGAGUGGCUUUGCUAGCAGGGAGGGCGACUGUGAGGUAUAAUCCAGAGAGGAUUACCCCUGAGGUGAUUGCAAAGGAGAUUAAUGGCCUUGGAUUCCAAGCAGUCUAUAUUCCUGAAGCCAGUUCGGGAAAAGGAAGCAUAUUGGAGUUCACUGUCAAUUCAAAGGUUGAUGAUGAGCAGGUCCACCAAGCGGUACAGAAGGUACUGGGAGGAAAAGAUGGAGUCAUUGCAGUUACGGUUGACAGACAAGGAAAUGCUAUAGUAGAGUACGACCACACCAUUGUCGGACCGAGGGACAUUGUUGAAGUUGUUAAGAACGGUGGGUGUGAUGUGAAUGUGCAAGCAAAGAAAAUUCAUAUUUUGAAUCACAGCCAAGGAAUCAAAAAGUGGGGCUUUGUGUUCCUAGUGAGUCUGGUUGUUGGGCUGCCGGUGUUCAUCCUGCAGUUCACUCCCUAUCCUCACACAAUACACCACGGAAACAGCAGCAGAACCUCCAACGACUGGCCUCCUAUUGCCAGUAAUGGCCCAAACCUGCGCAGCUUUAUACUCUUUCUAAUGGCAACAUUUGUCCAGAUUGUAAGUGGCUAUCCAUUCUACAAGGCGGCCCUCCAAGGUCUCCGACACUGCUCAGUUGGGAUGGACCUCCUGGUUGUUCUCGCCACCUCCAUUGCCUACGUGUACUCUGUUGUUGUGAUGAUCAUUGACACAGUCUCAAGUGGACUGGAAUACAAGACCUUCUUUGAGAGUAUCUCACUUCUACUCAUGUUCAUAUCCUUUGGCCGACUUCUGGAGCAUAUAGCAAAGGGGAAAACAACAGAUGCUCUCUCGAAAUUGAUGUCUCUUCAACCCAGCACAGCUGUUCUAGUUCAGAUGGAUGGCAAUGGCCGCAUAAAGAGUGAGGAGAGAAUUCCUGUUGAUUUGGUACAAGUUGGAGACACUCUGAAAGUUGUUCCUGGAGAGAAGAUACCUGUGGAUGGGGUCGUUGUGGAGGGGAGUUCCCUCGUUGACGAGGCACUAAUUACGGGGAAUCGAUGCCAGUGAGUAAAAAGGUUGACGAUCACGUGAUUGGGGGGACCCUCAAUAAGAACGGGGCACUCAUCAUGGAAGCUACUCACGUCAGUGGAGAUACAAUGUUGUCCCAGAUUGUGACCCUCAUUGAAGAGGCCCAAACAUCAAAGGCACCUAUACAGCGCAUAGCAGAUCGAAUUGCUGGAUUAUUUGUGCCACUGAUUCUGAUCCUCUCCUUCCUUACCUUCUCUGGUUGGUUUAUCUUCUCUGAGGUCUGCAUCCAGACUGCCCACUCGUGCAAAAGUUCAGGAGGCAACACAACAAUUUCCAACGGCACAUCGAAUGGAGAGAGCUGCUCUUCGGACUGCAUGCAUAUCGACUCUGUGUUUCAGUAUGCCAUCUCGGUCCUGGUGAUUGCAUGUCCGUGUGCUCUGGGUCUGGCCACGCCCACUGCUGUGAUGGUGGGCACUGGAAUAGGUGCCAGCAGAGGAGUCCUCAUCAAGGGAGGAGAACCCCUGGAGAACGCACACAGAAUAAAAGUGAUGGUGUUUGACAAAACCGGGACACUAACCUACGGUCAGCCUGAAGUGGUCCGGGUUAUUCUACUGCUGAAGGAGAAGGUUUUUACGUCUCGUCUGUUUAUGGCAGUCCUGGGGCUAGCCGAGGGCCGCAGCGAACACCCUCUGGGAGAAGCCAUCACACGCUUCGCUUCACGUGAGUUGGGGGGUGAUCCAGUUGGUGAUGUGACUGAGUUUGAAGCAGAGCCUGGUCUGGGGAUGAGAUGCUCGGUGAAGGACAUCGAACUAAACUCUUCCAAGCAGCAGAUUGCUCUGUAUCAGAAUAAAACAUCAGUCAUCACACGCAGAGCUGAGAUAAUUGAGUCAGAUCGAAAUAAUGUGUCAUCUCUUUUGUCUCUUGCCACAGAGUACAAGGUUCUGGUUGGAAAUCGUAUGUGGAUGGCUCGCAAUGGGAUAAACAUUCCUGAAGAUGUUGAGAAGGACAUUGUCAGUCAUGAACAGCAGGGACAGACAGUAGUACUGGCAGCUAUAAACAGCAUAUUGUGUGGAGUGUUGGCGAUAGCUGACCAGGUGAAGCCGGAAGCGAGGGGGACAGUGGCAGCUCUGAGGAGAAUGGGUCUGAGGGUGGCCAUGUUGACUGGAGACAAUUGGAGAACUGCCGAGGCCAUCGCACAACAGGCGAGCAACUCAGCUUGCCUUUUCGUUGUUUGGUUAUGCUUUUGAUGUUAUCAUCAGGUUGGAAUUUAUCCUGAAGAUGUGAAUGCUGAGGUGCUGCCGUCACACAAGAAGACCCUAAUUGAAUCCUACCAGCAAGGCAAAACUAAGGUGGCCAUGGUAGGCGAUGGGAUAAACGACUCUCCAGCUCUGGCCCAGGCUGAUGUUGGCAUUGCUAUUGGCACCGGUACUGAUGUAGCAGUCGAGGCUGCCGAUAUCGUCCUAGUCAAGAAUGAUCUGACUGAUGUUGUGGCGGCCAUUGAUCUCUCGCGGAAAACAGUCAGGAAGAUUCGAAUGAACUUUGUUUGGGCUGUUCUCUACAAUGCCAUAGGUCUUCCAAUAGCUGCUGGGGUGUUUUCUCCACUGGGAGUAUCUAUCCAGCCGUGGAUGGCUGCAGCUGCCAUGGCCCUCAGCUCUGUCACCGUGGUCUGCAACUCUCUCCUCCUCCGAUGUGUCUGCUAUCGCAAGCCUCAGCUCUCUGAGAGGGAGCGGGGCAGUUCAUACCUGCAGCAAAGUUCUGAGAGGGGCAGUAAAACUCGACUCCACUCUGGGGCCAAGAACGAGGAAAAAGUACCACUUCUUAGUGAGGGCAAGGAGAACCGGGCUAGUUCCUGGAGUGACUAUGGAACACGUAGUAGCAAUGUUUAGCUCGUUGGCUGUGUGUGUCUUAUAGAGUGUGAUGGCAACUUUCAUGAAUCUGUAUAUAUGGGUCACUUCAGGCUCAAACUCUUAUAUGUUGUGCCAUACAAGAAUUCAUAGGUCUGGGAACAAGACUAUAGAUUGCUGAAACCCGCGGCGCACUACGCAUGCGCGGUACCGCUAAUUGAUGGGCGGAGGCUAUCCAUAGUAGCGCUCGCGGAGAGUCUGACACGGGCUAGCUACACUAGUAGAUAGCAUGCGGG